CUUUCGACUAAGGCCGAACGGAGGAGAAUUAAAUUUUAUGGGAAAGGGAAGGUUGUGAUUUCACAUUCACACAAAAAGAGAAAAAAAAAUAGGCAUCAGACCACGACGAUCUGCACCGAAGCCGCGUCCGGACUGCUGCGCUUCGCACUGCUGGCGUGCGAUCUCUACUCUUUCCUGUCAGGCAAGGUAAAGGCUGAGAGGAGGCCGGCAGCCGAUCGGAGACAAGACAGGCGCGGCGAGCGGCUCGACACGCUACGGACCACGCGCCACCUGCCCGCUGUUUUGUCCUGCAUUGCCGGGUAAAAGAAUGGCCAGGUAGACGACAACUCUCUCUCACUCCUCGCUUCCCCACCUCCUCGACCGGGUCGAGCGCAUCGAGCGCAUCCUCGUCCUACGCGUACGUCGACAGCUUGGUGCUGCACAGCACAGCAUGUACUCCUCCUCGUCUGCGUAUCAACAGCAUGGCGGCCCGCCCGGCCAUGGUCUUGGCCACGGCUCCUAUCGCUUGACGCCCUAUUCUACGCCAUCGGCUGCUCAGCCUCUCCCGCUCCGUUCUCCUGCUGGAGGGCACGCGCAGCUGCCGCUACCGCCGCCCUACCUGCCCGCGCCCCGUCUGCCCCCCUCACCCUACUUUUACCCGCACUCGGCCACCACCGCCAUCACAAAUCACCACCACCACCAUCAUCAUCACAACAACAACAACGACAACUACAACAAUCUGGCCUCGCCCUCCUCGCAAGGCUGGCCGCCCGCCGCCGAGCAGCGAUACCAUGGCGAGCCAUCGCGCAGAAUGCCUGGCUACCUGUCUUCCCAUCGUGGCACGGACCCGUAUUUGGACCGCGAGGUCGUCGAUCGCCGAGAGUUUGACGUGCGCUACGAGGACGAAGGCGCACUACUUGUUGAUGUCGGAGAGGCCGCAGGAGCCGAUGCAGACGAAGGCCACGGCAAGAUCAAGCGAAAGCGCAUUCAACAGGCUUGCAAAAAUUGCAGCCUCAAAAGAGUCAAGUGCGAUGGGAGUAGACCGUGCUCUACCUGUGUCAAGAACAACGAUGAAUGCACUUAUGGACAGCCAAAGAAGAGAGGACCGCCAAAAGGCACCACGAGGGGUGGAAGACGCAGCGGCUUGACUAAGUCGGCGUCCUUGUCAGAGAGAGACCGGAUGUUUCUCGGAGACAGCUAUCGUGCCUAUGAAGCCGAUGCCGACCCACCUCCGUCGCCGGGAAGCGUAGUAGCUUCGGCCGGCCUCUUGGCUCUUCAAGGUCGACAUCCCGUCGCUGAUCCCGAUGACGCCUCAAAUCGCCGCAGGGCCGUUUCGGGAAGCUACCACGAAGGACAAAAGCGGCUGUCAUCUCCUCGUCAGACUGGGUCCCCUCCCUCGUCCUUGUCUUCGUCCUCCUCGGGGUACCCUGAUGCACUGAAGAGGGCCCCAAAGCUCACACGAAAGCGUGCCUCAUCGGAGUGGGAGAGAUUCUAUAGCAACGGCAGGUGGUCGGAGGAUCGCAUGGGAAGCAAGCCAACUCCCUUUUUGCAGCGGCACCGCGUCUAUGAACCACGUCAGGAGCAUCGGGAUGAGCCAGAGCUCGAGCACGGCUACGAGCACAAACACGAACACGAGCUUGAACCGCCGUCGCAAUGGCAUUUGGCCCAGCACAAACCACGCUCGACCACAAUGCACAGUGACGGGUCGCUAGACAAGACCUCCGUCUCGCAAGCAGCACCCCAUGCUCGCUACUCUCCCGCCAAGAUUCGUGGCAUCGCAGACUCUGCUGAUGCCGCUAUCACAUCCAUGUACAGAAUGGCGGCUUCCAACAGCUCUGACGAGACUGGCGAAAUUGGUCUAACGACACCCGUCAUACCGGAACGGAUACAAGUCCGCCUCUUUGCCAUCUACUGGUCCACCAUCGCUUACCAUUGGCCCAUGCUCUACAAACCCGCGUUUCCCAGGGUCGACGGCGUGCCUGUCAUGAAGGAAGAAGACCACCCGCUCCUCUUCAAUGCCAUGCUGGCCAUUGCUGCCUCGACGUGGGACAAGGUGUCUGAUGAGGAUGCCGACGACGGCGAGAACACCUUCUCAAGCAAGCAGCUCAGUGCCAUUUUUCUCUUUCGGGCCAAGUACCACCUAUUCCGUGCCGACAACAAACCCUCUCUCGAGGCAAUUGCGGCGCUCAUCUUCAUGUCGCUCCUCGAAUACGGCAACGGACCUCUGGUCCAGUCUGCCCACUACUGCUGGUCUGCCUGCCGCAUGGCCCUCGACAUGGGUCUGCACCGCAACAGCCACGGCCAGCUGACGCAUGCAGAGGAUCAAUCGAGGAGGAGAGUCUUUUGGCUCAUCUUUACCCUCGAUAAGGGUAUCGCCGUUCAGCUGGGGAGAACCACGGUGCUGAGGGACGCAGAGAUUGAUUGUCCCACGCCCAACGUAGACGAGGACGACGAGUGGCAGACGUGGCAGGACUCCGAUCAGAAUGCAUACAAGAAGCAGAGUGCCUCGUCUGCUGUCGCCAUCACAGGUCGUCCCGUGAGGUCAAGCACCUUCUUGCUCAUGGGUGUCAAGAUGGGUCGCAUCCUAGAAGCCAUCAUUGCCCAUUACACUGUCAUCAAAGAGAAGCUUGAUCCUGAACAGCGACGGCCCUGGCAGGAAACGGUGCUUGCGCUCCACAACCGCGUCGUCGAUUGGGAGGAAAGCCUCGAGGAUUCACUGCGCUGGCGUCCGGGCGAGCCGCAGCUGCCGCACAUCUUCAACAUGCAGCUCUGGAGCAAGACAUUCUACCUCCUCGUCCAUCGCAAGUACAUUGGCAUUAACUCGCCAGGUGCCGCUCCUGGGAUGCCCAAUUCUCACCACGAAUGCUCCAAGGCCGUUGAAGCCAUUGUCGACAUCAUCGCCACGUACGAGAAGCAGUACGGGCUUCGCAACCUUGUCCCCGGCUUCAUCUUUUGCAUCUUUAUGGCUACAACGGUCAUCCUUGCAAACACAACGUCGCCGGAGCCCUCUGUGAGGCAGCACGCUCAAGGUCAGCUCGACAAGUGCAUCUCUUGGCUCGAGAGCAUAUCCGAGACAUGGACUUCUGCUUCCCACCACUUAGCCAUCAUUGAAAAACUGCGAUCGGGUAUCCUUGGCGACACGAACAAGCGCCCAUUGUCAAAGCAAGGGGAACAAAGCGGUACAGAGCAAGGGUCCGCUUCAAGCAACGACGGGAAAGAAGCCAUCACGCCUCCGUCGAACGAUUAUGUCAACGGAAAGGUCGAGGCGGCAGGCUUCAACGGCGAUAUGAAGGAAGAUGAGGUCCACAGGGUGGCAAAAGGCUUUCCUCCGAAGUCUUCUGACGACCGCGCUGCCGGCCUCGACACCGCAAAACAUCUUGAGAUGAGCUUGGCUGGUGCGGCCUCCUCGGAAGGACACGAUGUCGUCAAUACUACCGGCCCAGUGGUUCCUUUCGCCAAUUCCACCUCACCGAUAGCCGCGACCGCUGAAGAUGAUGCGGCCCUGCUCGAGAACUUCUGGAGGACGAUGCCGCUGGGCGAGGACCUUUCGCGGUGGAACGACUUUACCGACAGCUUUGUGCGGCGGAAUACGUCGGGAACCCACUCGACACUGUCCUCUGCAGCACCUCUCAGUGUCUUUGGGAGGCCUGUCACGCCACAGAAUUCAUCUCGCGAGCCAAAUUGAGCUCUUCGAUCACCUCCCUCGACCUCCUACUCCUCUCCACCACUCUGCUUGCCUCGUUCUCUGUCAUUGAAAGCUCCUGUUCAACAUCACUCACUCUGCUUGUAAAAUAGUGAAAUGAAUAUUUUGGGUUUUGUGCUG